AUGGCGACCGUCCUACAAAAGCAGCUGGCCACGAUCGCGGCGAACAGCACACACCAGCUCGACUUGAAAGCACAGAAAUCGCGCCACAGCCAGUCGCUACUCUUCGAGCCUCGCGAAGCCGCGUCGCAGUCCUUCGACACCAUCUACCAGAUCUGCAUAGAGGGCUUCGACGAACUAUGCCAGCUCGAUGCUCGCUUCUCUCCCUAUGACCGCAGCCUCUUCGCCGACUCGAGCAAGAAUGUCGAUCGCGCGCAGAUGACCAAGAAAGAGAAUGAAGAACUGGACGGUGUAAUCAGAAGCUUUCUCGGACUCUUACAAGGACGACUACAUCUGAAACCAGCUACACAUUGCUUGGAAUGGCUCGUCAGAAGAUUCAGGGUGCAAGAGCAUUGCACAGAGUCGCUGCUACUCGCCGUGUUGCCAUAUCACACGGCAAGCUUGUUCGCGGCCGUGAUGAACAUCUUGCCUGGACAACUACCCCCGACCUUCAAAUGGCUGCAUCCAUAUGUAGCUUCGCUGCAAUGUCCGCCUCGCAGCGCCAUCCUCUCGGCCAUCAGCAGCAACACGGCCUUCUUUGCGGGUUUCAACAGCUGGGUCAUGGACGUCGCGAAAGCGAGACACCAAUCUGCUAUCCUUCUGGGUUUCUGGGCAAGUAUCACGGCUCAGGCAGCCAAUGGGAUGGUCGAUUCCACAGCUUCCGGACGAGAUGCAAUCCGGAGGCAACGUGAGGAGGACCUCAUACUGCGUGUCUUGCCUGUCUUGCAGAGCGCUCUGAGCAUCAAGGGCAUCCCGGAGCUGUAUCUCGGGGCAUGCAUGGUGAUGACAAUUCUUGCUACCAAGGCGAGACUGGAAAACAGGGUCCUGGACGCAAUGAUGGAGGCCAUCGUGGGCGCCUGGACGGAGCAAACCAUUGACGAAGGACUCGCCUGCCUCUGUGUGAUCGGAGAAGAGAAGGAGACAUUGGAUCUGCCGAAGUCGGUCACCCGGACCCUGUUGCAGGAUGAGAGCCUUGUCCUUCGAUUGCUACACUUACAGCAUGAACAUCGUGUGAGCAAACUAUCAGCAGGUCUAGCGAUCGGCGCGGUGCGAAUUGCGAGAAAGACGAAAGAGAUAGCAACGCUACGACGGCUUGAGGAUGUACUUGACGCUGGCUUGUUGAAUGAGCAGCACACUGGCCUUGCAUUGCAGAGGCUUGUCGUCGGCUUGACAGAGACUGGACAGUCAGACAAGAAUGCAGAGCUACAUCGCGCAAUAUCGGGUGUUGUUGAGCGACUGGCGGGCGAGGAGCGCAAUCUUGUUUUGUUGGAACAAGCGGCAAAAGCCGCCAAUGUUGACGUGCGAGGUCUACAUCUGCCAUUGCUCACCAACGGGAGCGCUGACCACGAUGUCGAGCCCAUGGAGAUCGACGACGAAGAACCGGCGAAGAUUGCCGACCAUAGAAGCACCGAAUUCGGUGAACUAUUGAAGAACUUGCCAGACCUCCCGGAAUCAAUUACAUCGUUUCUCGAUCCGUCGCUGCCUCUGGAAACCUUCCGGCAAUACUCAACAGCUUUUCAAGCGUCACGCAACUCGAUACGGCUAUCGGAACGGUUCUUCAGUAUCUCUGCGUUUGGACAUUCAGACUCGAGCGAUCUUAGUCGAGCUGCCUCUUUCUUCGCCAGGGUCUGGGCCCAUCGCUCGAAUGCCGUAGUCGCGAGGCAAUCUGCACUACAGAGCUGUACGUCGCAGCUGGAAAGCUUUUUACAGCAACAUUCUGCGGCCGACACCAGUGGCCUGUUGCCGUACAUACUGUCGGCACUUGGAGAUGAAAAUGCGAAGGUCCGUAGGAGUGCAGCCUCACUGUGCAGAGCCAUGGGGGCCGCACAUUCUACAACAAAAAGCUCGAAUGCAUUCUUCCUCCCGGCAGCGCAAGUUUAUGGGACGACCAAACCCGAACACCUAUCGCUGCGUGCCGAAGACAUGCAUACAUUCCUUGCGAACCACAUCGUGCCGGUACUGGAAGACUGUGUUGUGGAUCCAGCCUUCAUCGCUCGGGUUGUGUCAGAUGUACUGAACAAUGGGUCUGCCGGGGCAGGGCAAGGAGGGACACACGGACAAAAAGAGCUCAAGAAGUCUCUCCGGGCAGACAUUUCCACUGUACUCGCGGCGCAUGCUGCCGUCACGCCUGUCGUUUUUGUAAAACUGGCACUGUUGAAGUCGCUGAACCAAGUUGGCAAACAAGCCAGCCACGCCAGGAAAGCGGUAUUGCUACCCCUUGUCGAGCAAUGGGUCGCGCAAUCGCGAGAAGACGUCAAAGCGGCUUGCAAUGGCGGCGGCGAAGGGGUAACAGUUGAGGAGGCGGAUGAAGCUGUGCUUGGCUCCUUAACACACCGCGGCACAGAAGAGAUUCAGCUGCUCAAGAACAUCGCCUCUGGUACUGUCGGUGAUCGAGUGCAAUUGGUGCCUUUGGCAUUUGCCCGCAUACGACAGAUCUUCCCAUUACUCAAGUCGACACAGAAUGAAAUGGUGGAUUACCUAUUGGAGCUUGCGCUGGAUACCGGCAGGCAGAGAGUGGUGGACGGGUCGGCGCUCGAGACUUUGCGAGUGCUGACCUUACCAACUGAGAUCCUCGUUCACAUGGUGGACGGUCUUCCGGCGGCGAACGAAUUGCAAGACCAGCCUCCAUCGCCGAAAAGACGGCGACAGAGCCGAUCGGAGGACACCAAACCAAAGGACCUGGAUGAGCGCAAGAUCGGCGCUGCUGUGCGCCGUAUCACUCUGGUUCUGGAGAUUGUCGAGUCUUCAAAGCCUGAUAAACAUCCCCACCUCCUUCGACCGUUGUUUCACAUGCUCAGCGAGCUCCAUCAUUACAAGUCCACGACCGGCUCCGACCUCGCUUACAUCUACCAACUCCUUCUGGGAAGUCUCCUGUCAAUCGUGCAAGGUUUGAGCGAGUCGCCACAGACGCAGAGCAGCGAGAUCAACGCCUCGGUGAUCCGUACAGACCUCAUCGUUGAGUGUGUCCGCACUACACGAAGCACACAGGUCCACAAUCUUGCCCUCUUGCUGGUGUCGAGAUUGGCGGCCUGGGCGCCAGAGCUUGUCCUGCAUAGCGUCAUGCCGCUCUUCACCUUCAUGUCGUCUACCGUCCUUCGACAGUCAGAUGACUACUCUGCCCAUGUCGCCGACGAGACCGUGUCGCGCAUAGUACCGCCUUUGGCUGCGUCGCUGAAGAAGAAGGGCCGAGAGGUGGUUAAGGGGGCCGCGGAGCUACUGCUAAGCUUCGUCGCGGCAUUCGAACACAUCCCUCUCCACCGCCGUCUGGGUCUGUUCGAGCUGCUAGUCAGCACAUUGGGCGAGCAAGACGUGCUGUUUGCGGUGCUAGGCAUGCUCGUUGAGCGGUACCCAAACGACACCAGGGUCGCGGGAUUUAUCGCGGACCUCUUCAACCGCUUCGACGCCAUCACUGGACUGCAAGUCAUGAACCAGUACUUUGGCCUUAUCGCAGACGGGCUGAAACCGAAGAGAGUGCUCAGCGAUAUCUUGCUAGGCUUCGGCGAGAAGACAGAAGAGCAGGUCCAAGAAUCUGUUGCCUCGUUGCUUCAGGGCGCAUCCAGGCUAUUGCAGAACAGAGUUCUGAGUCAGGAGCUUGCUGCACAGCUGGCAGGCGGUGAUGAAGAGAAGAUUUCACGCAUCCGGACCUUCUACGCCACCCUACUCGAACAGUCAAUGCAGCUCACGCACGCGCUGUCUACCAGAGCUCAGCUCAAAGAACCCUCCGAGUCUGUUCUCCGUGCUACUCUCGGCCUCCUUCCGACUCCCGACUUCAUUCGAUCCAGCGCGCAACUUAUGCAGACUGGCUCUGAUGCAACGCGACAACAAGUCUUUCGCUCUUUGGAGAUGCGCGCACAACAGGCAAGGCGUGGGGACGCAGCUGCGCAAACCAUAUUCAUUGGCGCCCUCCCGAACUGCGCUGUGUACGUGCGCAAGGACCAGCCCGUCGCAACAAGACAUGCGGCAAUCGCUUGCAUGGAUGUCAUCUGCGAACGCUUUGGCAAGACCGAUCGAUCUGCUGUGCUUGCUGCUGCGGAGCAUGUCGCGGGCAGUGCAGCUUUGCGCAGCGAUGUCACCCAGCUCCAGAUCAUAUCACUACUGGCAAUGGCCUCAGCUGUGGAAGUCUUAGGUGACGAAGUGAUUGGGAUACUGCCAUCAGUGCUCGAGACAACAAUCUUGUAUUCCGAGAGCUGCGUGCGGGAACCUACUCCGGACGAGCAACUAUUUACCGCCGCGUUCAGCUUGCUGAACUCUACCGCUGGCACACUUCCGUGGAUGUUGAUCGGCAGUAAGCUUGACAGGAUUUUGCAAGUAGCGGACCAUGCAUAUCUUGCCAGCUCCUCCUAUCUGGACGGACAGAGGGCCAUACAAGACCUCUGCAAUCUGCUCGCGAAGAAGAUCGCACCCGCUGAACUUUUUGCAUCGAUCGAGAGGCCAUGGAGCAAUGUGGUGCAGCUUGGGAGCAUGGCCAUUGAACAACAUCUGCGCACAUUGCAGGUUGCGGUCGGCUACCAUUCGAAGGCCACGGUCACAAAGAACGCACAGGUCCUCUUUACCAUCCUGCUGCAAGGCUUUGACCUGCGUGCCGACUUCGAGACGAGCGAUGAUUCGUCCACCAGCGAAGCUUUCUCGCUUGCGGAGACUAUCGCAUUGGACGUGACCAUGAAAAUGAACGAUGCCACAUUCAGGCCGUUUUUCAUGCGGAUAGUCGAUUGGGCAAACGCCAGUGAGGAUGUUGAGCGAAGGACACAGAGGCUUGUCAGUAUCUACAGCUUUUCGUUCGCACUGUUCGAGCAGCUCAAGAGCCUGGUCACCAGCUACGCCAGUUUCCUGCUUGAGAGCGCUGGGGAGAUACUGCCAGCGUCCAGUGGUGCUCUCGACGACGAGAAGCAGCUGGUCGGAGUCACUCUGCAGACAUUGGCAAGCAGUUUCCGCCACGACCAGGACGAUUUCUGGCAAGCUCCGUCACAUUUCGACGCCAUUGUUGAUCCUUUGCUCGAACAGCUUGCGCAAGCAGAAGAUGUGGGAAUCAUGGAUCAUGUCGUCCCAGCGAUCACUGACUUCGCCUCCGCCGCAUCAUCACCAGAGCACCUCAAGACCAUCAACACCAAGAUGAUGGGCUUCUUCAAGCAUGCACAGGCGUCUGUCCGACUUGCGACUGUGAAAUGCGAGAGAGCUGUCACCGAUAAGCUUGGCCUCGAGUGGUUGACACUGCUGCCGGAGAUGCUUCCUGCCAUAUCUGAGUUACUGGAGGAUGAUGAUGCUGCGGUCGAGCGAGAGACGUUCAAAUGGGUGAGGGAGAUCGAGGAGGUGACUGGCGAGAGUUUAGAAGGCAUGUUGGCUUAA